UGGGUGCCCGGGGCGGGGGCGGGAGGAAGACCCCGAGGAGUUAGGGUGGUUUCGGAUCUAACCCGGUGCUUACCAGGAUGUGGGCUGCAUCGCAGGAAUAGUAAGCAUGACAGCCUGCUUGCGAACACCCGCCCGCUGCUGGCAUCUCCACACUGGGCUCCCAGGGGCAGUAGAAUGAAUCCUGUUAAGUUUGGGCUCCUCUGUUUUGCAACAUCAAAUGAACCUUCACCAAUUAUAGCUUUAGUGCUGCACCUGAUGCUUAUGAGGAACCUAAAUCGCCCCAGAAGAGUUAAAAAAUUUUCUGAUAUUUCUAAGUAAGUGGUAAUACUUUCUGGAAACGUCCCUAAUUGUUUUUCUAGAAAACAUCUAACUGGAUGGAAUGGUACGCUGGAAAAAUUUAGGUGACAGGCUUUGGGACAUUUUACUUUUUUUAAUUUAAACCAUUAUUUAAAGAAAAGAUUAUGUCACUAACAGUAGGUAAAUGACACUGUAGACUGCCAAUAAUGAUGUUAAAUACAAUGUAAAUUUUGAGAUACCUUUGUGUUCCUAAAAAUAGGAUUCAGGUAGCAUCAAGUUGUUUACAUAAGGUGUGUUCUUUUUUGAAAUGGAGUUUAAUAAGAAUGGUUAGUCGAGGAAAAAAAUUCUCACCACUCUUCGGUGAUUUCUUAGUCAGUGUUAUAAUCACUUGUUUAUAUGAAGUGUGAUUUUUUUUAAAUGCUUUUGUAUGUUAAGUCAUCUGGUUAAACUAUCAGGGAGAAUUGAGGCCAGCACUUGCUGUUUCACUUGCUUUGUAAAACAGUGGUACUCAAGCUUUUUGGUCUUGAGUAUAAAGGGUAAACCUUCAUACUUUUAAAAAUUAUUAACGAUCCCAAAGAGCUUUUGGUUCUGUAGAUUAUUCUGUAAUAUUUGCCGUAUUAGAAAUUAAGAUUAAAUUUUUACUCUUUUAAAAUUAAUUCAUUACAUGUAAGGAAAGAAACUUUUUUUAUGAAAAAUAACUAUUUGCCAAAAAAGAGUAAGAGUAUCAUUGUUUUGACUUGGGGUUUUUUAUUUUGUUCUGUUUUUGUUUUUUGUUUUUAUGGCUUUUGAGGUUUUUUUGGCCAAUCCCGCUGGAUGUGGAAAAACUAGAGCCAGGAAUCAAAAUCUAUGCCACAGCAGCGUUCUGAUCCACAACAGUGCUCACAUUGGGUCCUUAACCUGCUAUACCACCAGGGAACUCCAGAGUGACGUCGUUUUGAGUUUGAAUCUCUUUAACAUCUAGCAUAAUGGGAGACAGCUGAAUUCUCAAAACUAUUUCUGUAUUCAACCUGUUUAAAUAUAUUUUGUUUUUGAUUUUGAAGAAAAGCACAGAUAGAUGGUUACCAGUCCUCAAUAGCCUUUUUGGUUUAUGGAGGUUAUUGUGCUUUAAUGUGACAAUGCAGCUCUCAACACGUGAUACAUUCUCAAAGAAUCCAGAACAGUUGAUCUUUCAACAGACAGAGAGGAUGGAAUACAUCAUUCUUCAGAAAGCAAAGAUGAUCAGAGUUCAUCUUCCAACAGCUCUAGCUCUCUGGAAGAAGAAGAAGAAUUUUUAUCAACAGUAAAUGUCCCUGAUGCAGCUUUUAUUCAGGCGGCCUACAGGAAACGUGAAUUGGCCAGGGCCCAGGAGGACUAUAUUUCUUUGGAUGUAAAACAUGUCUCCAACAUCUCUAAUAUGAAGAAAAACAGUGAAGGUUCCGAAAGUGAGCCUGAUGAUCAUGAAAAUAUAAUACCAUUUACCCCGAAGCCUCAAACUCUUAGACAAAGAAUGGCUGAAGAAACAACAAACAGAGAUGAAGAAACAAGCGAAGAUAGUCAAGAAGAUGAAAAUCAAGAUAUUUGGGAACAGCAGCAAAUGAGGAAAGCGGUUAAAAUCACAGAGGGACGAGACAUAGAUCUGUCUUAUAGCAGUGAAUCUCAAACAGUGAAGAAGUUUGAUGUUUCUAUUUCAUUUCCACCAAUAAAUUUAGAAAUUAUAAAGAAGCAACUAAAUAAUAGAUUAACAUUACUGCAGGAUACUCACCGUUCACACCUCAGAGAAUACGAAAAAUACGUGGAAGAUAUCAAGACCUCAAAGAGUACCAUCCAGAACCUAGAGAAUUCAUCAAGUCAAGCUCUAAAUUUUAAAUUCUAUAAAAGCAUGAAAAUUUAUGUGGAAAACUUAAUUGACUGUCUUAAUGAAAAGAUUAUCAGCAUCCAAGAAAUAGAAUCAGCCAUGCAUGCACUUCUUUUAAAACAAGCCAUGAUCUUUAUGAAACGCAGGCAAGAUGAACUAAAACAUGAAGCAACGUAUUUACAACAAUUAUCACGCAAGGCUGAGGCAUCAACAAAUAGAGGCUUGGAUGUAGAUGAAAAAACUCAAUGGAUUUUUGAGGAGAUUGAAUCUCGAAGGGCACAAAGAAGACAAGCAAGGGCUCUUUCUGGGAAUUGUACUCACCAGGAAGGGAUGUCUAGUGAUGAUGAACUGUCUUCAGCAGACACAAUUGACUUCCAGAAAAGCCGAGGUGACAUUUUACAGAAUCAUAAGAAGAUUUUUGAAGAUGUGCAUGAUGAUUUUUGUAAUAUCCAGAAUAUUUUAUUGAAAUUUCAACAAUGGCGAGAAAAGUUUCCUGAUUCUUAUUAUGAAGCUUUCAUUAGUUUAUGCAUUCCGAAGCUUUUAAAUCCCCUAAUACGAUUUCAGCUGAUUGAUUGGAAUCCUCUUAAGUUUGAUUCCAUAGGUUUAAAACAGAUGCCGUGGUUCACAUCCAUAAAAGAAUUUAUAGAUAGCAGUAUGGAAGAUUCAAAGAAGAAAAAUAGUUCUGAUAAGAAAAUUUUGUCUGCUGUUAUCAACAAAGCAGUUAUUCCUCGACUUUCAGACUUUGUAGAAUUCGUUUGGGAUCCCUUGUCAACCUCACAGACAACAAGUUUAAUAAGGCAGUGCAAAAUGAUUCUUGAAGAACAUUCCACUUGUGAAAAUGAAGAUAGUAAAGGCAAACAGGAUUUACUUAAACGCAUUGUUUUAAGAAUGAAGAAGGCAAUAGAAGAUGAUGUUUUUAUUCCUCUGUAUCCAUUGAGUGCUACAGAGAACAGAACAUCACCACAUGCAAAGUUCCAAGAAAGACAGUUCUGGUCAGGUCUAAAGCUCUUCCACAAUAUUCUUCUUUGGAAUGGACUCAUCCCAGAAGACACCUUGCAAGAGCUAGGACUAGGGAAGCUGCUAAACCGUUACCUUAUUGUAGCUCUUAACGCCAUACCUGGGCCAGAUGUUGUUAAAAAGUGCAACCAAAUAGCAGCAUAUUUACCAGAAGAAUGGUUCCAAAAUUCUGCGAUGAGAACAUCUAUUCCCCAGCUAGAAAACUUCAUCCAGUUUUUACUGCAGUCUGCACAUAAAUUAUCUAGAAGUGAAAUCAGGGAUGAAAUCAAAGAAAUAAUCAUUAUUCUGGUGAAAAUAAAGGCUCUAACUCAAGCAGAAUCCUUUUUAGAAGAGUAUCACCUAGACCAUCUUAAAUCAGUAAUUAAAGAAGUUUGAGUAAACUUUAUAGGAAAAUACUGAAAUAAGAUUUUAAUGUAGUCACAUUUGGCUCUUUUGCUUAGAUGUCCACCUUCUGACAUCAUGAAAGGCUGCCCCUCCUUAUUUUGUGGUGUUUGUAGGAAUUAAGCACACAGGAACAGUAAGAGUUCAACAAAUUUCUGUUUGAUUCUUCUGACAACUUUUCCAGCUUAAGAAAGGAGUUGAAGAUGGUAACUAAAUUUCUAACAUUGAGCAUGCUGUAAAGUAUAAAGAAGUAGAAAUACAACGUUGUACACUUAAAAUGUAUAUAAUAUUAUAAACCAAUGCUACCUCAAUAAAAAAUAAAUAUAAAAAAAAGAGGAGUUGAAGAAAACUUGCUUAUAGCUGUUUUGGCUUUGGUGAGUCUUCUCUCCUGAAACAUAAAAAUAUCUUUUAGCCCUCUCGUUUUAACUAUCUCUGCUUACAAAUAUCUUAAAAUUUUAACUGCAGUGAAUUAUUUUUUAACUAUGUACUGAUUAAGGCAUUUUUAAGGCUUUUGAUGAGUAAUGAUGAUUGUUCUUCAGAAAUCUGUAUCAAUGUAUUGUACCAAUUCAAGUGUGAGAGAGGCCAGUGAAUCUUCACCAGCAAUAGGUAUUAUCCUUUGUUUUAAUUCAUUUGCACUUAAUAGGUGAAAAAAAAAUCUCUUUUUAGGAAUUCCCAUUGUGACUCAGCAUGUUGAGAACCCAAUAUAAUGUACAUGAGGAUGUGGGUUUGAUCCCUGGCCUCACUCAGUGGGUUAAGGAUUCUGGCGUUAGCACAAGCAGCAAUAGGGGUCACAGAUGUGGCUCAGAUACUGAGCUGCUGUGGCUGUGGUGUAGGCUGGCAGCUGCAGUUCUGAUUCAUCCCCUAGCCUGGGAACUUCCCUAUGCUACAGGUACAACCCUAAAAAGAAAAAAAGAAUUUAUUUUAAUUACUCGUUUUGUCCAUUAGAGAGGUUCUACUUCUUAUUUGGCCAUUUGUAAUUCAUUUAAAAUAUCUAUUCAUCUUUUUCUUAUGGAUAUGUAAAAGCUUUAUAUUUUACUAAGAUAUUAAUUUUUGCCAGUCCUGGGUUAAUUUUCCUCAUUUGCCAUUUUCUUUAAAUUAGUAUAUGAUGUUUUUGGUGUACUAAGUUAUUGCUUCUUAGGUAGGGACUACUAUGUUUUUUGUUACUUUUUUUUGUCAUUGGUGUUAAGCAGGAAACAGGUAUUUUAAAUAUUCAUUUUCUGAUAAAAAUCAUACAAAUGUAUGAUUAGAAAGUCUGAGGCUAGGUCAUUUAAUCAAAAAGAAAUAGAGAACAUUUUUCAGAAUAUACUAAGAGUUUUUCUUAAAUCUGUUUAAAUAACUUGAGGGCAACCCUAAAUGUGUUAUACAAAUUGUUACCCAAAAGAUAAUCAGGAAAAAAUUGAUUAUAUUGUAGGAUUUAAGGUUGUGGCUUCUGACAUUAUCACCCCUAGUUUUGAAGCUGCGUGUAAUAUAUUUUAACAGAUUAGUAUUUGAUUUCUACUGCCACCACAAGGACUCAUGAUUCAUUUGUAUGUAUGAAUAGUUUUUUUUUAAGUUUGGUUACACAAUUAUACAGAGUAGAAUCUCAUCUAGAAAUUUUCAAGCCAUUGCUAAAAAAGACUUAGAAUUUCUACACAAUUAUUGUUCCCAGAGGUAACUGCUGUUUUCAUUUUGUUACCCUUUCAGAUCUUUUCUCUACUUAAAAAAGUAUGUGUGUGUGUGCAUAUACACACACAGCUUUGUUUUUUAUAUAAGUGUCAGAUACUUUAUCGUGUUUGAAAUUUGUAUUUUUUUUUACUGUUAGUGUUUGCAAUUUCCCUCUCACUUUUGCAUUUGUAAUUAAAGGUGUGUUAGAUGAUCCCUUACAUUUUUAACUUUCAUUUUUUUUAAGUGGAAAAUAUAACUGCUUUUAAAACUCUUAGGUUGCUAAUGGAAGUCUAAAAUAGAACAACAACUUUGGAAAAUUGUUCAUCAGUUUAACAUUUAACUAACCAUACAGCUCAUUAAUAGUACUUCUAGCUAUUUACCCAAGAAAAUAAAAAUAUGUUCACAAGAAAAGCUUGUACAGGUGUCGAUAGGAACCUUAUUAAUGAGUCCAAAACUGUAUACAAAAUGGGAAAGUACUCAGCAUUAGAAAUAAAUGAAUGUAUAGAAUAAAUAAACCUCAAAAGCAUGAAGUGAGAGGGGUUAGAAAAGAAUACAUACUUCAUGAUUCAGUGUAUAUUAAUAUAAGAACAGAUGUAACUAAUAUAAAAUGAUUGAAAAAUGAAAAAAGAUAAGGAAAAAAGAUAGUAAUGAAAAUGUUUUGUUGUCUUGAUUUGCAUGGUGGGUACAUAGGUAUAAUCAGUCAGCUGUUAAAAGUUCAAAGAGAAAA